GAAUUUUGCGCUCCUCUCGUUUGAUAUUUUCUCUGAGAAGCGAGAAUCCAUCGGGGCAACAAUGGCGGCUCGCUUACGUCUCAUCUCGAAAUCAUCCCGAUACAUCUCUAUCAAUUCGACGGUGUCUUCCCCAGCAUGCCCUUGUCGUCCCUUCUCUGCAACUUCCGACUCGACCCAACCCGGUCCCGGGCCCCAGUCCCAAUCCGGUCACCCCCCGAUCGCCGGAGAAGACCCGCCGGAGAGUUCUGGAACCAAAGAUGUUGACAGCCAUGAGAAGCUUCGGAACCUCCGAGUUCUUCUCCAGCAGAACCGAACUGGAACUGCGCGUGGGCUCCUCUCGUCACUGGUUCGCUCGAAAACGUUGCCGUUUGCUUCACCGGCAGAUCUCUUCUCCUACUUCGCGCGAUCGUAUCCGACGUUGAAAUCCGUCUUCGGCCACUUGAUUCUGUCAGUGGUAAUGGAGUCUAAGAUGAUGACUGAAGCUGUGGACUUGUUUUUUGCCUUGAGAAAAGAAGGUAUUUUCCCAAGUUCGGAAUCGUUGAACCUUUUGCUUACUCACCUUACAAAAACGAAGCAAUUCAGAACAGUCCUUGAUGUGUUCUCGAAGAUUCUGGAAUCGGGUUUUCGUCCCAGCAAUUUCAUAUACGGGAAAGCUGUUGAGGCCGCCGUCAAAUUGGGAGAUUUGCGUAUGGGUUUUGAGCUUUUUAAUAGCAUGAAGCAGGAGAGAAUUCGUCCGACAGAGUUCGUCUACAAUGUCAUCAUUAGUGGGUUGUGCAAAGAGAAAAGGAUGGAUGAUGCGGAGAAGCUGUUCGAUGAAAUGCCUAAGAUAAAGUUAUCACCGACGUUAGUGACAUACAAUUCCUUGAUCGACGGGUAUUGUAAAGUUGGAAACUUUGAAAAAGCUUUUAAGGCGAGAGAGAUGAUGAAAAUGGAUAAGAUUGAGCCGAAUCUUGUCACGUUCAAUACCUUGCUUAACGGGCUAUGCAAAGCAGGACACGUUAUGAAGGAAAUGAAAGCUCACGGCUUUCUACCUGAUGCAUAUACUUACAGUAUUCUGUUUGAUGGAUUUUCAAGGAACAACGAAAGUGCUGCUGCAUUGGGGGUUUACGAGAGAACUGUUGACUAUGGCGUCAAACUCAAUACUUAUACUUGCAGCAUUUUGUUGAAGCUGUUAUGCAAAGAGGGAAAGAUUGAGAAGGCCGAAGAGAUUUUGAAGAGAGAAAUGGAUGGUGGGCUUGUCCCCAAUGAGGUUAUAUAUAACACAUUAAUUGAUGGGUACUGUCGGAAAGGCGACUUCGAUGGAGCAGGAACGAAAUUUGAACAGAUGGAGAGACAGGGGUUGAAGCCAGACCAUGUUGCAUAUAAUUGUUUGAUCGGCAGAUUUUUCGAAGCGAGGGAGAUGGAGAAGGCCGAGGAAGUGGUUGAGAGGAUGAAACUGAAUGGAGUUUCUCCUACUGUGUCAACAUAUAACAUACUAAUCGAUGGCUACGGGAAAAUGUGCGAGUUCGAUAAGUGCUUUGAGAUUCUUGAAGAGAUGGAAAAGAACGGGAUAUUGCCGAAUGUUGUAAGCUAUGGUGCUCUUAUAGACUGUCUGUGCAAAGAUUCUAAGCUUCUUGAAGCCGAGGUUGUUUUCAGGGACAUGACAGAGAGAGGGGUUUCACCCAAUGUGCAGGUAUACAAUAUGCUAAUCAAAGGUUGUUUCUCGCUUGGAAGGUUGAAAGAUGCUUUCAGGAUAUUCGAGGAGAUGCUCAAAAGUGAAAUCGGUGAAAACAUUGUCACCUAUAAUACGCUCAUCGAUGGAUUAUGCAAGAACAGGAGAGUAACAGAAGCCGAGGACAUGCUUCUCCAGAUCACGAGCAAGGGUCUUACUCCAGACGUAAUCACGUAUAACUCGCUAAUAUCUGGAUACAAAGACGUGGGCAACGUGCCAAAGUGUCUCGAGCUGUACGAAAAUAUGAAGAAAUCGGGCAUAAAUCCCACUCUGAAGACAUACCAUCCUUUGAUCAGUGCAUGUACCAAGGAAGGGACAGAGCUCACCGAGAAGAUAUUUCAAGAGCUGUUGUCAUCUAGGCAGUUAAGACCGGAUAGAUCACUGUACAACGAAGUUAUCCGUUGCUACGCCGAACAUGGAGAUAUGGAUAAGGCUUUUGAUUUGCAGCAGCGGAUGAUGGAUCAGGGAAUCGAUAUGGAUAACGUUACAUACAACAGUUUGAUAUUGGGACAGCUGAGGCUGGGAAAGCUGUCUGAAGCGAAAACUCUGUUCGACGACAUGAAGUCCCGGGGAUUUGUCCCGAAGGCCGAUACAUAUAAUAGACUGGUGAAAGGGCAUUGCGAGCAAAAGGAUUACAUCGGGGCAUAUGCUUGCUACAGAGAGAUGCACAGAUGUGGUCUGUUAUUGAAUGUUUCUACGUGUAACGAGCUAGCGGCCGGACUGAAGGAAGGAGGAAGAUCGAAAGAGGCACGGAUUCUCUGUUCUGAAAUCAACGGUCGGGGGUUGGAUGAUUUAACGGUGGAGGAUGCUGUAUCCGCCAUCGGGAAGACAUGAACAAUGUCUGGUCCUCACACCCGUGAAGACAGUAAAGGAAGUUCAUUCGAAGUUGUAUGGGUUCCCAAGUGUAGACUCGAAUGGGGAAGUCCAUGUGAAUGAAUUUGUCUCUGAGUGGAGACUCGAAAGCUUUGUUUCGUCUUUUACCAGUUAAGCCAGUCAAAUCUAUACAAUUUUUUUUUUUGGAUAACAAUGGAAUCCCGCCCUCGACUCUUCGGGUCGGAUUCUGCAACGUCUCACAGUCCAGAAGACCGGGCGAAUGAAACGGUAUCGCGGAUGGUAAACUCAACGGCUCAACGCAACAGUCGACAAAUCAUGUUGAACAGGUAAAACAACCGAAUCUGUCCGGUUCAGGGGAAACUUGAUACCAGGAGUAAUCGAACCCCAGACCGUUGUCAUCUUACCAACUGGACAAACCUGUACAGUUACAGAAAACUAUACAACUCAUGAUCUAUACAAGGUUUAAUACAUUAUGGUUGGUGUAAAUCUCUAUUAAAAAUG